AUGAAGCACAACAAUCAAUUACCCGUUGCCUAAUUAAGAAAGCAUUAAUAAUUCAGAAUUAAAACUUUCUUCAACCAAGCUGCCUAAAAGAAGGCUAGAUUACAUGCCAGAAGAGCUUAAGCCGCCGCUGUCUUCCCCAGACCUACUGAAAAGUUACAACCUGUUGUUAGAAAGCAAACCCAAAGAUACAACAAGUCCACCAAGCUCGGAAGAGGUUUCACCUUACAAGAAUUGAAGGCUGCCGGUAUCUCUGCCGCUUUUGCCUAAUCUAUUGGUAUCAAGGUUGACCACAGAAGAAAGAACAGAUGUCAAGAAUCUCUUGAAUUAAACAAGAAGAGACUUUUGGCUUACGUUAGCAAGCUCGUUCUCUUCCCUAGACACUAAGGUAAGGCCAAGAAGGGUUUAGUUAAUGACACCGCUGACACCAGCAGUGCUGCUCAAAACGCCUUAUAAACCUCUGUUCCUCUUCCCUCUGUCUCCAAGAGAGAAAAGGCUGUUUCCAACAUCGCUGAACUCAGAAAGAAGAAGGUUUACAGAAUCAUCAGACAAGAAAAGACCAACCAAAAGUGGGAUGGAAAGAGAAAGGCUAAAGCUCAAGCUGCCGCUGAACCCAAGGCAUGA